ACUCUCCCGAAACAGUGUCUCAUUCCCAGUGACAUGGACUCUCCCUUUAUCUACUGUUCCAGAAGCUCAGGACUCCUGGCUCGGGUUUCCACUUGUCUUCAGGAUCCCUCGGGGAAAGGUGUCCACCACGCUUCGCUUCAGCCUCGGAGAGAGAAGGCAAGCGCAGGAGAGGCCGGGCGGGAGAAACCGAAGGACAGCAGCAGUCAGCGCCGGAGCGGUCCCCAGAGCAGCCGCACGCGGGUCUGAGGCCGCCCGCAGCCCGCCCCAGCCCCAGCCCCGGCCCGCUCUCCUCCCUCCCUCGGCCGGCGCGAUGCGGGCGGCGGCCCCACUCCUGCUGCUGCUCCUCGGGGCGGCCCGGGCGGCUGCCUCGCUCUGCGCGCCCACCGUCUUCUACAGGAGCUGCUGGAUCCGACGCUUCCCAGGCCUCCUUGUGGACCUGGAGGAGUCUCAGAAACUGGGAGCCCAGUUCUUAAAAUACUACUCUGAGAGCACCGGCCAGAAGUGCAGCCGGAGCUGCUGCCUCCGGAAGGACGUGUCCUGUAACUUGGCUGUCUUCUUCCACGACCCUAUUCAUGACAAUGUCAACUGCCUCCAUGUCCACUGCCCAACAUUAGAGAGCUGCAUACUGGAGCCUGGGAACAGUGCCAUUCUGUACAACAUCACAGAUGGUAUAGAUCCGGAUUUGCUGGUUUUUGGACAUUCAUCUCCUACACAACUGAAUACCCAUUCUGCAUUGGAUAGGUGGGACAGACUAAGGAUUCUAAAAAGUAUGAAUUUAUAUGAUCUACAACAAGCUACCAAAAUAAACCACAUGCUGCCCUCAAUAGAGGCUUCAUCAUCAACUACACCUCAAGAUUUGAUUGUAAACAGAAAUAAUACCAGUUCUCUCAAGGAAUUAACCACAGAUUUGGGGGCAAGGUUCAUAUCCCUGAAUAACUCCAUUAUCAAGAAGGCGAAUAUGGUAUCACCAAGUGCUGACUUCAACAAUCCAUUUAACAAGACUAUACCUUCUUUCUUUGUGCCCAUAGAUACAAAAUCUCCUCACAUGCAGGUUCCCCUCCAACUUAACAGUAGCAAACAAUCAUUGAACAAAACCAAGGAAUAAAACAUCAGAAACCACACAUGUGAGAAUGAGUCACCUGUGACUUCCAAGACCUGGCUGGCUUCUGUGGCCUUAUGUACCUGUUGUCUUUCUUUGUUGUUUAUUCUUUGCUGUCCAAAGAAAUAAGGUCAGUAUAAAUUAGGACAGAGAAAACCAGGACCCAGGCAGAGUAAAAAAAAAAGUACUGUGAAGAAGAACUCUUAAAACUUACAGUGCGAUUGUAAGUUUUCAAGGGUUUCAUUUUCAGUUUUCUGUAAGACAAGGCAGUUUGGUUUAAAAAUAUACAGGAUACCUGUUCCUACCAAUCUUACAAAUGCCAAUGCUUAACCAUUUUCUGGGAUUAGCAUUAACCUUUGCCAAGGUUCCAAAAUUCAGAGCCUGUCACUGUUACUGAGCACCCUGUGUGUUACAGUUGAGCUGCACUAACUAAUUGUAACCUUAGAGCUCUGUGGGUUAGAUGUAUUAUACACUAAGUUAGGUAGAAAUAUUACAGGAAGCAGAGAGGGCUUUGCUCAAAGGAGUCAAGGCAGAAGGUAACACAUAACAAUUGUGAGUGGAAGUGUAUUUGUUGAAGGCCAGGUCUCAAAACAAAGAUGGAAUGACUCUACCUACACACUUCCCUCAGGGAUAAAGAGUAAUGGAUAUUCAGUCACCAGAGUGGGGGACCAAGACUUCUUUCACCCAUCUCUCCAGGCAAGGUCCUUGUUCUUUCCCUAUACACUUAGUAUGUGACUUGCGUUCCCACCGAAUUAGUAUUACCUCAGGGACUACAUUGGUAAUCUUACUGGUUGCUCAUAGUUUUGUUCCACCUCGUACUCACUUUACGAUUUUGCAUCUACCUUGUGAUUUUGCUCUCUAAAACUUCCUUUGAAAAGUGGGCAUGGGGGGAAUCCAUUUUUUAGGUCCCCUUCUGUCUCUCUUAGGCAGGAACUGUCUUUCUCUCCAUAAAAAUUUCCCACUCUUAACUUCCUUUGUUCCUCAGAAUUCAUUCUUUAGUUUGGGGGAACGUGAACUCAGUGUACCAGACAUCAAGCAGGUUGGGAGAUGUACUAUUUCCCUUUUCUCAUUUGGAGAUCCUGUAUCAUGCCUGUUAACAGGAAUUACUAUUUCAUGGUAUCAAACUAUUACACUCUUAGUCCUGCCUUUUACAGAUGAGGACAGUGAGAUGAAGAGCAAGUAAACAUCUUUGCUAAGGUUACACAGGCAGUAGUGAGGUUAGAACCUGAAUGCAGAUGAUCUAGUUCAAAAGCCCAUGUUCAAAAUUACUGUUAGACUAUGAGCUUCUGCUUUUCCAACUAACAUGAAAAAAAGAUGCCGGAAGACAAUGUUAUAACACCAUUAGGUGUGUCUUCCAGUCAAGGUCAAAUUAUUGUCAUAUGGAGUAAUAAAAUCUUUUUUGAAAAAAAAGCACUAUUAUAACUACUAAAUCCCUAAACAGAUGCUUUUUAUGUUUAAUUGGUUAAUUUUCCUAGUCCCAUUCUUCUUAUUUUCUAAAGCAGAGGGGUAUUUCAAUUAAUCAUGUACUAAGCUCUUUGAAGUUUCUGUUGAAUAAAAUUUGGGAGAUUUUAUUUCUUUCACUUGCGCAUAGCAUUUUCUCACAUAUAAAAACUGUCUCCAAGUAUUUCAGCUCUGUCCUGAUCUUACACCAGAUUUUAUCCUCUAAAUCUGAUGCUUAAGCCUCUUAAAUACAGAAUACUAUGUUUCAAGGCUGUAAUGAUCUCUAAUUUUAGGCCCUUUACUUCAUUUCUGAAAGACAAAAGUAAGCAUAAAGAAUACACUAAUGACAGUGCUAUUACAAGAUUAAUAAAAUACUCUGGUUUUCUCAGAUGUUAAAAUGAACUGUCCAGUGGCUAAAAAGAUAUUUCUUUCUCCAGCUAUUGAUACUGGAUAGAAAAAAGGUUAGUUAUUUUUUAGUAUAAAAUAUAUAUACAAAAUAAUUUUUAGUGGAAUAUCAACCACAAACAAAAGUCUGAUGUAAAAAUUUUAUCAAUUUACCUUAACCUGCUGAUUGUUCACAAUAUUAGGUAUCAUGAAUUUUAUUAACUUCUUUCCUAAUGCAUUAGGGGAAACUCUUCUACUGGUAUGUGGAGGAUAUCAACUUUUAAAUUAUCAUAAAAUCGUUAUUAUUUUUUACAGGACAGACUUUCCUUGUUUCCUUGACCAAGUUCCAUUCCUGAGGCAAGGCUGUUAAAUGAAUGAGUCGCUAGUUGAGGAAUUAUAGAUAUUAAGUACAUUACAGUAUUUAGAAAAAGGAAAUGGUCAAAGGAAACUCCAAUUUGAUGACCUUGCUUUUAUUUGCGUAACUCUUCCAUGCAGUACUUUAGUGUAUAACAGAGCAUUAAACUACAGCAAAAAUUACAGAAUUGUAUAAACAAGGUAUACUGUACCAAGAAAAGAAACUACAAAAAUAAAGACAUUCAAGCUAA